GCGAGUGACGCGUAAAGUUUGAGAAGGUGAAAGCAGUUUCAAUGUCAGUGCCGUAUCAUCACGAGAGCCCAAACUCAAAUACACGCAUGUCUCAAUACCACGCUUCAGGCUCAUGAUAGAACGCCGGCGCCUGUAAGGCGCUGACAUAAUCCAUGUAACGAUGGACAGGAUUUUGCGAGGUAUAAUGAAGUACAGAGCGACUGACAGGAAAACAAUGGUAGAACAGUUUCAGAGAGUCAGGGAUAAUCCAGAGCCCAAAGCAGUAUUUUUUACUUGCAUGGACAGCCGAAUGAUUCCAACGCGCUUCACCGAGACAAAUAUCGGCGACAUGUUUGUUGUCCGGAAUGCUGGUAAUGUGAUACCAAAUUCACAGAAUUUUCCAGAGGAAGUUACAACUACUGAACCAGCAGCAUUGGAACUUGGUUGUGUUAUAAAUGACAUCAGACAUGUUAUAGUAUGUGGUCACUCAGAUUGCAAGGCAAUGAAUUUGCUGCAUCGCCUGAAGUGUGAAGAAUUCUCUUCAAGGGAUAAUAGGCUUAUAUCACCUCUUCGUGCAUGGCUUAUUGCCCAUGCCAAUGCAUCACUUAAGAAAUUUGAAAAGUUGGAGACUGGAGGAUUUCACCAACCAUUGUUAUUUCAAGCUGAGACUCCCAUGCGCAAAUUUGUGGCAUAUAUUGAUCCUGAUAACAAAUUCAGUAUUGAAGACAAGCUGUCACAGGUCAAUUGUCUCCAGCAACUACAGAACAUCGCAAGUUACGGGUUCCUCAAGAAACGUUUGGAAACACAUCAGUUGCAUAUACAUGCGCUGUGGUUUGAUAUAUACACAGGUGACAUCUAUUAUUUUAGUCGGCAAAACAAACGUUUUGUGGAAAUAAAUGAGCAUACUGUCAUGGGACUAAUAAAAGAAGUGAAUAGGUACUACUCAUAAUGGCCAUCGUACUAUACUUCAGUGAGAGUUUAUCUUUGUGAAAUUGCUGUGUAUAACGUUAUACAAUGACUGCACAUUGUUGAACAGAUUUACUUGGUGUUAGGCUAACAUCUGAUGUGUGUAAAAGGAUCUGGGAAAGAUUUCUCAAAACACAUUAUUGUCUAAUUCUUGGACGAGAAUGAACAUUGUAUGUGAUAACAUCAUUUUGGAGAUACUAAUAUAAUUACAUGUCAUCUUCUGUAUUACAUUUAAGUGAAAACUGAUUGCUGUACUUGUAAAAUCAGUAAAAAUGUACUUAGGGUGUACCUGGUUCUUCCACUGUGUGCCACAGUUGAUAAAAAUUUGUGUGAUGGAUGAUGAGGUUCAAAUGGCUCUGAGCACUAUGGGACUUAACUUCUGUGGUCAUCAGUCCCCUAGAACUUAGAACUACUUAAACCUAACUAACCUAAGGACAUCACACACAUUCAUGCCUGAGGCAGGAUUUGAACCUGCGACCGUAGCGGUCACGCAGUUCCAGACUGUAGCACCUAGAACUGCUCGGCCACUCCGGCUGGCUGGAUUAUGAGGAGUGAACUGACAGAUUGCGAGUUGGUUGCCGGUAGCAGGUCAGAAUGCCCAUUCUUAAUUUCUUAGGGUUUGUAAAUGUAAUGAGUUGGUAUUGUGUUCUGUUAGGAUGUAGAUGCAAGUGCUACUCUGAGAUGAAGAGUUUGGCACAGAACAGGAAUUUAUGGCUGGUGGCAUUAAACUGGUCAGAAGACUGAUGACUCAAAAAGUUAACUUUAAUCCCAUCAUUAGAAUUUUCAGCAAAACUUGGAAUUAAGACACACAUGUAGGUUAUUGCAAUGGUGGGCUUAUAUCUUUAUAUCUUGGGCUACACUUCUCAUUAAUCUGUUGUAACAGUUAUGUUUUUUCUGUUGAGAUUUGUUGGCUUCACCAACUCACAACAACAUUCCUACCCAUCCUACACCUGGCAUUGUGCCACAGAUCAAUCUGUCAGCAUAUUCAGUUUUCUGCCCACUCUCCAUAUCAAAAACAAAUGUAGUCAAUUUACAUCUUCUGCUGAAAGAAAAAACUAUAUUCAUUGACUCUCACUGUCUAUCUUAUACCGUCCCCCAGUUGGCUGCCACUGACAGGAACACAUUGCCAAUAGCAGCAUGCAGUGGAAGAGGCUUCUACACUGGAAGUGCAUUUUAGCCACAAAAUCUUUUGUGGGCGCUGUACACUGAGUUGUUCACAGUAUAUGUUAUGUAAAUAGUACUUUGUUACAUAUGGAACAUAGUAAAUCAACUUCCAGUUCUGA